ACACAGGGGGAGUUUGACAACAACUACAAAGAUGAGCUUUACCAUCGAGGAGAAGGGCAGGCCGAACACUCAGGAGUACAGGGUGUUUUUCAAGAACUCUGCAGGUAACUACAUCUCUCCAUUCCACGAUAUCCCCAUCUACGCAAAUGAAGCAGAGAAUAUUUUUCACGCUGUUGUUGAAGUUCCAAGAUGGACAAAUGCAAAGAUGGAAAUUGCCACCAAAGAUCCUCUCAAUCCACUGAAACAAGACAUGAAGAAGGGGAAUCUUCGUUAUGUAGCGAAUGUGUUUCCUCAUAAAGGCUACAUCUGGAAUUACGGAGCUAUUCCACAGACAUGGGAAGACCCCAACCACAAAGACAACGACACUGGAUGCUGCGGAGACAAUGAUCCUAUUGAUAUAUGUGACAUAGGACAUAAGGUGUGCUCUCGAGGGGAAAUAAUCAAAGUGAAGGUGCUGGGAACUCUGGCUUUGAUCGAUGAGGGUGAAACAGACUGGAAGGUCAUUGUGAUCAAUACUGAAGACCCCGAAGCUGCUGAGUUUAACAAUAUUGAUGACGUAAGGCGACUUAAACCUGGAUACCUGGAGGCAACUGUUGAUUGGUUCAAAAGAUACAAAGUCCCAGAUGGGAAACCUGAAAACCAGUUUGCUUUUAACGGAGAGUUCAAAGACAGGGACUUUGCCAUUAAAACAGUCAAGAGCACCCAUGAGUUUUGGAAGGCACUCAUUUCGAAGAAGACCAACGCUGGCGAAUUAAAUUGCAUGAACACCAGUGUCUCAGAUAGUCCGUUCUGCUGCUCUGCUGGGGAUGCAGAGGCUGUGCUUAAAUCUGCAUGUGCUUUUGGAGCUGAAGAUCCCAUUCCAAGUUCAGUCGACAAAUGGUUUUAUUAUGAGUAAUAAGAAGAAAAUCCUGGAAACCUUCAUUCUUUCCUUCA